GGGGAGUGGAGGGGUCGAUGGGGGUUAAGGGGUUUAAUCAUCAUGGCACCGCCUCUGGCAGGGGGUUGGGCUGCUGGGCAGGGAACGAGAAACCACAAAUCGCCCCUGACCCUGACCUGCCCUGCUGGGUCCGUCUCGGCUUCCAGAUCGGCUGGAGAGUCGGAGCAAGGAGGGGGACCAGGGCCAGGACCCCCGCCCGGCUCGGCUUUGCUGCUGCUGGAUCGGACCCAGUCAGACCGAGAGGAGCCGAUCCCAGCCCAGCGCCUGCAGCAGCAUCUGUAGCCUGAGUGUCGCUGAGAGACAAUGUGGCCAGCAACUGGAGCUGCUGGGAGCAAAGUGUCGCAGCAGGAGUUGGGUGUUGAGGGCAAUGGAUACCUGGAGACUGUCAGGGAGCCAGAACCUCAUCGUAAUGGCAAGAAAUGUAACUACAAGAAAGCUACAGUUGUGCUCACAGUUGUGUCCGUAGUUCUCUUCAUCGCUGUUGUUCUCAGCUCUCCCCUGGCAGUGUUAUCUGGGUGUUCUUCAACUGAUCUGGGCCCCUCUUGCCCCAUGUGCUCAGACGGCUCGAUCGGGUAUCGAGGGAAAUGCUAUUAUUUCUCCGAGGCCAAAGGGAACUGGACUAACAGCCAGAAACACUGCUCCUCCCUCGGCACCUCCCUGGCUGUGAUUGACACCUGGCAGGACCUGGAUUUCAUGCUGCGCUAUAAAGGCAAAUUUGACCACUGGAUCGGCCUCCGGAGGGACCUGGGGCAGUCCUGGAAAUGGGCCAAUGGCGCCGAAUUCAACAACCUGUUUCUGAUAACAGCAGAUGGUGACUGUGCAUAUCUGACUGAGAAUAGUGUCAGCAGCUUGCGGUGCACCAGUGAGAGGUACUGGAUCUGCACCAAACCUGAUCCGUUUACAAAGGCGAAGGGGGCUGAUAACAAGGGUAUUGUGGAAAUUAGCCCUGGAAAAACCUUGCUGUGAUCUCUGACCAUCACAGCUGACACAUUCCGGAAUGACAAGGAUUGCUCUGAGCACCAAGACAGUUAUCGAUGUAACAUUUUCAAAUAUUUGCUGGAGGUGCAGCUAGGGGCCCAGCUACUGCUCCUAAAUUGUUUGCAGGGGGCCGCCCGAGCAGUGGCUGGUGCGGCUGGCCCUGGAGCUGCUCAGGUGGCCCUGGGGUCAGCUGCACCAGGCCACUGCAGAGUCACGGAAAGUCACAAUCUGUGACUUCCAUGACCUCUGUGAAGGACUCGCAGUCUUACUCAUGGGACACCUAGUGCCUGGUAUGUAGGAGUAAGGAGGGGAGAGAGCUCUGUUCACUCCCUUCCUGGAGCCCAGUGGGUU